ACAACCUUCCACGCGCGCCACCACGCUCUUUCUUGCUCAGGUGCGGUCUACAAGUUAGCUAUACCUACGUGUAAGUAAGUACAAUACAGUAAGUGACGUGGUGACUUCGUGUGAGUAUACGUUAAACAUCAGACGAGAAACCUGGCUAACCAAAAACGUUAAAAACGCAAAACACAAAAUUCAAUACAAAUGUACUAGGUAUAUCCAUUAUACACACAGCUCUCUUGGUGGUCAGAUUACGUGUAGAUAUCAGCGAUUCCGCAAUGCGCGAGCACUGCCGAAUUUUAGUAGGUACAUUUAUCUAGUGGCCAGUAGGCAAGCAAUCGAACAAGUUGGUAACAUUACGUGUAGUAUCUAGUUGAGAAAAGAAAUUGAAAAAAGUGCUAAUCAGGCAGCAAAACACGCACAAUGACGGUUGACUGUGAGAUUCGUUACGAUGGCAAUCCCGAGGGCAUCUUUUUUGUCGGACAAACCGUAACCGGAACUGCAGUGCUGCAGCUGAGUGAAACGGAAACGGUGAACGGAGUCAGUGUUAAAAUCGAGGGCUUCACCGCGGUGAACUGGAGAGGCAAACGACAUCCGCACGGGCAUAAACAUAACCGACUCUUCAGCGGCUCGGAAGAACAUUUGAGCGCGCUCACCUACGUCGUUGGCGGUCCUCAGGGCCCGGUACUGGAAAUACCGCCCGGUUCGCACACGUUCAAAUUUGCCUGCCCUCUAGCGGCAACACUACCGACAUCAUUCGAGGGACAGUACGGACAUGUUCGCUAUACGAUCACCGUUGUGGUAGAGCGGCCAUCUCGACAGAACACUAGCUACCGGGAGGGAUUCACCGUACUGCGACAGGUCAACCUAAACGAACAUCCUUCGCUGUGGGAAGCUAAGAAGCUUGAACUGAGCAAACAAUUCGGCUGGUGGAUAUUCAAAUCGGAUCCCUUGGAUAUUAGCGUGGAAGUUCCUUCCACCGGAUACGUUCCAGGGCAGCACAUUCCCGUACUAGUGCAAUGGGACAACGGCAGCAGUGCUCUCAUCAAUGGGAUCCGUAUUAAGCUGUUCAAAAACGAAACAUACUCUGCGACUGAUCCGUUCGAAAAAUCACGAACAGACACAACAUGCAUCGCAAAAAUUGAAAAUCGAGAUGCACACGCCCAAGGCCGAAUCAGAUUUGAAAGAAAUCUUGCGAUUCCGUCCACUCCCCCUAGUACGGUCAGCCCCAUGAUAACGAUCUCCUACGAAUUGGUGGUUUACAUUCACAUUUCUUCAGGGGAGAUUCCGGAGUUCACCGUACCGAUUACAAUCGGUACGAUUCCACUGAGCGGACUGCCACCGAUCAGAAGACCGGAAAAUCCUUCUGAUCGUCCAUCCGCAGACCAGCCCCCUUCAUACGGAUUCAAGCUAGACGGCAUGCCGUCUGAUUAUCCACCCUCAAAGUCUGGUGCUCCCUCAACAUCUCAAACGACCGCCUCUGGACCUACGCCUGUGGCACCGAUGGCGAGCGCAGCGGAAGAACUUCCCCCACCCUCUUACGAGGAAGCAAUGAAUACUACACCUACCAAUUCACAGCAGGAUGAUGAUGAAUCGGCUACUCAAUGGAAUGGUUGCAAACCAUUCAUCCCGAAAUAUCCAGUGUAUAAAUUCGAUGGUCCCGGUGGAUCUGGUCAACAGUGAUGCAAAUUUUUCUCCACUAUUUUUUGUAUGAUAUCAAUACCUAACAAACUGUUCAAGAGUAGAAUAAACACGGUGC